AUGGAGCUUCCGCCCUUGCAGUACCAGAGCUUGGCCGGGUCCAACCAGAUCCGCCUUAUCACUAUCCUCCAUCGCGAGCAAGAGUCGGCGAUAGAACUUGAGCUCGAGCAGGUCGACUUAAACUCCGAUCACAGAUACGAGUGUUUGUCGUAUGCGUGGGGACAUGAUGGUUGUGGCCGAUUCAUUACGGUCAAUGGCUCAUCAUUCCUGGUCAGCUCUACUUUGUAUGUCGCGCUUGAGCAUCUCAGGCACAGGUCGCAAGAGUGCAAGCUCUGGAUUGAUGCCAUUUGCAUCAAUCAGACUGACAAUUCUGAGCGGAAUAGUCAAGUCGCUAUCAUGAGGCAAAUAUACCACAACGCGGCGCGCGUGAUAAUUUGGAUCGGGCCAGCAACAGAAUCGAGCGAAAAGGCCAUGGCAUUCUUGAAGAUAAUGGCCAUUGCUAAGAAAAAUGAGGAUCGGAAUAUGCGCAGAAACGGUGUCAGAGUAGCUAGUGAUACGAGCUCAGAACUGGGUCCUGGACCGGAUCGGUCACCUUGGAGUCUUCCUUCGGCUUCAGAUCAUAGCGCUGAGCAAGUGGAUUUACCAGAAGGGAGCGUGUGUUCGAAUUUUGAACCAAACAACAGAGCGAUUUCCGGAGACGAGGAUUCGGUCAACUCGUAUGCCGCUUCGUUGGGUCGCGAAGCUAACAGUAGGCCACUGUCUUUGCGCUCUACCAGAGCCUUGUGUGAUGAUGGGAACCAAUCUAAUGAUUUUAUACGAUGGAAAAGGCUGAAAAAAUUCCUGAAGUCACUCUGGACGUCACUCAGACGGCAAUAUUCAGCAUAUAAGGACGCUCGAUGGAGCCGGAAAAGGUGGUCUGAGUUCGUAGACGCACACACUGCCAUGGAAGCUACGAAGAAUAAUUUCACCAUCACAGGUUAUCCUAUACUAUAUAACAUGUUCGGAAAUCCUCACGAAGAGUACUUCAAGAAGGAAUGGGAUUCCCACUGGCAGGCUGUCGAUGAACUACUUGCGCGCCCUUGGUGGGGCCGGACAUGGAUCGUACAGGAGGUAUGGUGUGCUUCAAACGCAGUGCUUCACUGUGGUGCUACGAAGCUCAAGUGGAAGAAUUUCCAGAAGGCCAUGGACUACGCUGAGGGAUGGGACGAUAUGGGGGACCAUGUAAAAGGCACGGAAAGGCAGUCGCAAUGGGAGACCUUGCGGCGACGGUAUACAUUAGCGAUACAUCUUGCUAAAGCCAGAGUCAAUGGCAGUACGCUAUCGUCACUGCUUUGGAACAUCUGGGAUCGCGCAUCGACGGAUCCAAGGGAUAAGGUGUUUGCUGUAUUGGGUCUGGUUGGUGAAACCAAAGAUGGAGAUUACACCAUGGCACCAGACUAUCGCAAGUCAAUGGAACAGGUAUAUCGAGAGAUUGCGCGAGAAAUCAUAAUCAAGGAGGGUCGAAUGGACAUCCUACUUGCGGCAAGCGGUGUCAAUGGUAGUGACCAAUUGCCAUCGUGGGUGCCGGAUUGGCGAAGCGAGGCUACCAUGGGAAGGCCAAUAUUGCUGGUCAACCGCAAACUCUUGAUGAAACUCGCAUACUCUGGAUCCAUGAACAUGGCCAUAUUAAAAGGGCAUGGAUACCUUGCGGCUGGCAAUUCGGAGGCGUUUGCUCAGUUCAGCGACGACCUGAAGGCACUUACGGUAUUGAGUAAGAAGUGGGAUAGCAUUGUGGAAGUUUGCGAUGCAGACAUCACUGCGACGAGCAACGAUGAGUUCGUGGAUCAGAUCAGUGAGUUCAUUCUUCGAUCGAAGUUCAUAUCUAGCAGGAGACGACGGAGGGAGUUGACCAGAAGAGAGCACGCCACCGAUUCUCAAGACACAUCCAUGCUGAUGGCCACACUCACUGGUGGAGGAAGAAUAUGGUAUGAUGAGUACGCACCCACCAUGCGAAACGUGAUGCGGCAACGUCGGCUUUUUAUAACAAAGAAUGGUCGUGUUGGGAUCGGUCCAGUAAAUGCUCAGCCUCACGAUGUGGUCUUCAUCAUCUCUGGCUGCAAUUUUCCGAUAACACUUCGACCACGCGAAGACAUGUUCGGCGUCGUUGGCGAAGCCUAUAUUCAUGGAUAUAUGAACGGUGAAGCCUUGGCUCGUUCAUGGUACAAAAGAUGGAUGCGAGUCUGGAAGAAGAUCACAUUAGUCUAG